AUGAUUAGCUCAAAGAAAGCUUUAGGCCUUUUAUUCGAUCGACCAAAGGAACCAAUUUUUAAGGAGAAAGGUGAUGAGGGAGUAAUAUUUGAAGUCCCUAAAUCAUUCGUUGCUGAACGCUUCAAUGAUGUAGCGUUUGAAGUUCAAAAUCGGUUUGGUGACAACACCAGUCCUAGAGUGAGCGUCGCUCAAGGUGGUCGAAUGCCAAAUUACGAUCAAUUCACUAAAGGCUUGGAUCGAGAUGCGCCGUUCUCUUUAUGGGUACCAAGACACUCGAAAAUCGCUGGGAAAUUGGUUGAGCUUUUCAUGUCUCAAAGAAGUGUUGACGAUCUUUUAUCUGUUGCUGCUUAUCUUCGAGAUCGAAUCAAUCCACAACUUUUCAAUUACGCACUUUCUGUUGCCACUCUUCAUCGCAAAGAUACAAAAGGCAUUGACAUUCCAACAUUUGUUGAAACAUUUCCUGAUAAAUUUAUGGAUCCGAGAGUUAUACAACAAGCUCGUGAGGAUGCUACGAUCGUUCCGCAAGGAUCUCGAAGGCCAAUCGUCAUUCCAACUGAUUAUACGGCUUCGAAUUUAGACCCUGAACAUAGAUUGUGGUACUUCCGUGAAGAUGUUGGCAUCAAUUUACAUCAUUGGCAUUGGCAUUUGGUGUACCCAUUUGAUGGACAACGUGAGCUUGUUGAUAAAGAUCGACGAGGAGAAAUUUUCUAUUAUAUGCAUCAACAAGUUAUGGCUCGGUAUAAUGCUGAGCGUUUAAGCAACAAUAUGGCUGCAGUUGAUCGUUGGACUGAUUUCCGUGGUCCAAUUCGUGAAGGCUACUUCCCGAAGCUCGACACACUUGUUGCCAAUCGAUCAUGGCCAGCAAGACCGGAUGGUACAACACCCAGUUCCCUUGUAAGAAAUGCUGAUGAUUUACGUCUUGAUAUAGGCGAAUUAGAACGAGCAAGAGACAGAUUAUUACAAGCAGUUAACAACGGAUUUGCAAAUACUUCAAGAAAUCAACGUGUUCCAUUGGAUGAAGUUAAUGGAAUUAAUAUUCUUGGCAAUAUGGUCGAGUCAUCAAUUCUUUCACCAAAUCGAGAAUUUUAUGGAAAUCUUCACAAUUCGAUGCAUAAUGUUGUCGCUUAUGCUCAUGACCCCGAUCAUCGUCACUUGGAGAAUUUCGGCGUUAUCGGUGACUCGACAACCGCAAUGAGAGAUCCAUUUUUCUACAGAGUUCAUGCGACUAUAGAUGACUUGUUCCAAGCACAUAAGACUAGAUUAACGCCAUACACAGCUCAACAAUUGACAUUCCCUGGCAUAACAAUCACAGGAUUCCAAGCACAGCAAACACAAGGACGUGCAAAUGUUUUGAACACCUUCUGGCAACAAUCAGAUAUUAACAUGUCUCGUGGAUUAGAUUUUGUUCCACGUGGCGAUGUCUUUGCACGCUUUACACAUCUCCAGCAUGUUCCAUUUACAAUGACAAUAUCAGUGACCAACAAUAGUAACGCAAUGAGACAAGGAAUGGUGAGAAUUUUUAUGGCACCAAGAAAUGGUUUUAACGGUAGACCGAUGGCAUUUAACGAGCAAAGACUGAUGAUGAUGGAAACUGAUAAGUUUAUAGCCCAAUUAAGACCUGGUCAGAACACUAUUAAUCGUCGUUCAACUGAAUCAGCAGUUACAAUUCCAUACGAACAAACUUUCAGAAAUCUUGAUAUUAACCGACCUGCGGUUGGAUCGCAAAGAGAAGCAGAAUAUAAUAUUUGUGGUUGUGGAUGGCCAAACCAUAUGUUGAUUCCUAAGGGAUUACCAAAUGGAAUGCUUUUCGAUUUGUUUGUUAUGAUUUCAAACUAUGAAGAAGAUCAGGUUAAUCAAGAUUUAGUUGGUCAAUGUACCGAUGCUGCUCCUUAUUGUGGAAUUCGUGACCGACAAUAUCCUGAUAGGAAAGCCAUGGGAUAUCCGUUCGAUCGUGUGGCCCGUUCUGGGGUUAAUAAUUUGAAUAAUUUCUUAACACCCAACAUGGGAACACGAGAAAUAAGCAUCGUGUUUAAUAAUCGAGUAACACAAAGAACUUGA